CCCUUUUUCCUCCGCUUCCAAUGGCGGGUUCCUAUAGCGCCACCUUCCCUUUCUCUGCGCGUACCACAAUCCCCACGGCCACCAGCCGUGGAUUUCGACUUAAGCCGCUCCCCGCUAUCUCUGUUUCUGCUUCAUUUCCGUCUAACCGCACAAAGAGGAAAAAUCACUUACGCCCUAAAAUCCUCAAAACCCUAACUAAACCCUUCCCUACCGCUCCUCUCCCUCACAUCUUUCUAGUAGAAAACAUACCAGUACCCAAUCCUAUUUCGUUUCCAUCCGCAAACGACGCCGUCUGCAAGGAAAUUCCUAGCGAAAGUGUCCCUCCUGUAGAAGCAGAUAAUUUUUUGGAAGAAUUUCCUGCAUCGGAGACUAUUGCCGCAGUUGGAGAACCGAGUGGCAUAGUUAGUAAAAUUUCUGCAAAGUCUGUGAUAAAAUACGGGGGUUAUUUGGUUGGGAUUUUUCUGUUUCAAAAUUUUUUUGUUUGGUUGGUGGGAAAUACUAAUUCCCUGGAAAAAGAAGAGAGACGGAUUGAUUUUCGUGGUAAAGUGAAUAUUUUGCCAAAUGGAAGCAAUGUGGCUUACUUUGAUGAAACGGAACUGGAAGAGAAAAUCAGUGAAAUUAGGGCAAUGGCAAGAGAGGCAAGAGAGAAGGAGAAAACGGAGAGAAAGGAGGGUAAUGAAGAGAGUGAAAUUGAGAAGGAGAUUGGUGCAAGAUUGGCUAAGUUAGAGAAGAGAUUGAAUUCAAAGAGAGAAAAAUUACCCGAAUCGUUUAUGAACUAUUUAGGCCUUUUUGGAAAUGAAAAAGAGGAAGAUGGGAUUGGUGAGAAUAAUUUGGAGUUGAAAGAGGAUAAAAAACCACUUAGCUUCAAAAAAAAGCUUAAAUUUAAGAACCCUUCAAUGAACUCAAGGAGUAGUCCGAAAGGGUUUUCAGGUUCAAGGAGCUCUGGAAGGUCAAGGAGCGAAGAUGGGAGCUUUCAAAAUGGUGAAUCAAGACAAAUUGAUCCUGGGACUAUGAAUAUGGAUAGCAGAAGGGAAGACAUAAGCACUCAGUUGAAUUCAUCUCAAAUAGAUGUCAGCAAGUUGCAGAAGGAAAACCAGGAUUUUACAAAGGAAAUUCAGUCUGGUUCUGCCCAGGAUGCUAGAGAAGAAAGGUUGUCUAGUGAAGAGACAAAGUCACAGAAAUCAAGGGAUUUCGGGAGACAUAAUUCUCAAAGCUUAAGAACACAAAAUCAGAGAACUGCUACAAAAUUUGACGCCCCUGCUUCAUCGAGCAGUAAUGACAGCAGAAACCCUGGAAAGAGACAAGUGGAAAACAGAGUAGGGGAUAAACAAUCAGCUGCACAAACAAAUUUGUGGUGGUCGAAUCUUCCUUAUCUUCUUGGUAUCCAUAUAUGUAGAAGAUCAGAAGAUGAAAGACCAGAAGCACUUUAUACUUUAAGAACACCUUCUCAAGCAUAUAAUCAGGAAGAGUCAUUCUGUGUAGUUGCUUUUGAGGACCAUUUUGACGCCAAUCACUUCUGCUAUUUGCUUGAAUGCUACUUUGAAGAUUUAGGGGAAUUCAGUGUUGAUGUUGUGCCGCUGUCAACAAAAGAACUUCAUGAUGCAGUGAGAUCUAACUCCCAGAAAUUGAUUGUUGUGAGGAAGGGGCAACUUAAGCUUUAUGCUGGUCAGCCAUUUGCAGAGGUUGAGAAAGCUUUGUACUCUUUGCUUGAAUGAGAUCAAGCACUGAGUUUGUGGAAGAAAUAAAUGAUCAAGCUUGGGUUUCUCUUCAAUCCGUUACGGCUGACAAUAUUCUUAUGGAAGUUCCUCAAUAGAUUAGAGUUUAAGUUCUUGUAUAGCCAUAGAGAUCUCUUGAAUAUGUGGACAAUUUUCUGAGAGGAAUUUAGUCCUGUUCAGAGGGUAAGCGCUUGUCCUGGUGCUGACAAUUUUGUUUGCUAUAACUGCGAAUUUUAGAAAGAUAGGCUAGAUUGAUUUUUACGAAGAAAGGGUUAUGAAAAUGAAGUACAAAAAACAUGUAUUAUUUGAAAUGUUCCUAUGAAUAAGAAUUUUUGUUUUGAAAA